AUGUCGCGUGUGCUGCACAUCAAAAAAGUGGACGGGAAGCCUGGCGAGGUCUACUAUCCCCUCCAGAUCAAGACCGUCGACAAGCCGACGCCCGGCGAGAAUGAGCUGCUCGUCCGCCUCACGGCCGCGGCCCUGAACCAUCGUGACCUCUUCAUCCGCCACCACCAGUACCCAGCCAUAUCCUUCUCCGCCCCCAUGCUCGCCGACGGCUGCGGCGUCGUCGAGGCUGUCGGCCCCUCCUCCACCCGCCGGGACCUCCAGGGCAAGCGUGUCGUCCUCACCCCCAUGCGCGGGUGGGAGAGCGACCCCGAGACCCCCGAGUCCGGCAUGGUCCCCGUCACCGGCAGCACCACGCUCACCGACGUCGGCUGCGCCCAGGACUACGUCGUCGUGCACGAGAGCGAGGUGGAGCUCAUGCCGAGCCACCUCUCCCCUGUCGAGGGCGCCGCCCUGCCGCUCUGUGGCCUGACGGGCUGGAGGGCCCUCGUGACCAAGACCAACGCGGCCGCGCCAGGCAAGAACAUACUCGUCACGGGCAUCGGCGGCGGCGUCGCCCUCAACAUCCUCCAGUUUGGCGUCGCCUUUGGCGCGAAUGUCUACGUCACCUCGGGCGACCAGGCCAAGAUCGACAAGGCCAAGACGAUGGGCGCCAAGGGCGGCGUGCGCUACAAGGACAAGGAUUGGGAGAAGCAGCUCAAGGCCAUGCUGCCGCGUGACAGACCGUACCUGGAUGCGGUCGUCGACGGGGCCGGCGGCGAGGUCGUGGCCAAGAGCGUCAAGCUGCUCAAGGCCGGCGGCAUCAUCUCGCAGUACGGCAUGACCGUGGGGCCCAAGAUGAACUGGCUGAUGAGCGCGGUCCUCAACAACAUUGAGCUCAGGGGCACCACCAUGGGCAGCAAGCGGGAGUUCCGGGACAUGAUCGCCUUUGUCGGCCAACACAGCAUCAAACCCGUCGUCAGCCAGACGGUCAAGGGGCUGGACAACCUGCACGGGAUCGACGGGCUGUUUGCGGACAUGGAGGCUGGCAAGCAAUUCGGCAAGCUCGUGGUCGAGAUUGCCACGGACGCCUCGCCCAAGUUGUAG